GAGGAGGAGCGCCAGCACUGCGAGGGAGGAAAAACCACGUCACUGUCAAAAAGGAAAGAAAGUUGGAGAGCUAGUUCUUCUCUGCUUGGAUUCAGGUUGUGUGCGAGGAUGCAGACUGGAUUUCGGUUAAACCUGAGCCCUGUUAAAGAGCCGCUGGGCUUCAUCAAGCUGCUGGAGUGGUUCACCGCCGUGUUUGCUUUCGGAUGCUGCAGCAGUUUCAGUGGACGGAUCGUGAUUUCUCUGUUUUGUGCCAAUGGAACAAACGAGACAGUCAGUGCCACGUUCUCAUACCCGUUCAGGUUAAACCAAGUGCUGCUGGUUAAAGACAAUGCCACCGUGUGUAACCGUUCUGUGUCUCAAACACACCUGGUAGGGGACGCUUCGUCCUCCGUGGAGUUUUUCGUUGCGGUGGGCGUCCUGGCGUUCCUCUACUGCAUGAUAGCGCUGUUGGUCUACCUGGGAUACAUGCACGUGUACCGCGACUCCAACUUCGGCCCAGCGUUUGAUUUCCUGGUGACCUCAGCGUUCGCCGUCCUCUGGCUGGUGUGCUCCUCGGCCUGGGCUCGGGGGCUGCAGAAAGUCAAGUAUGCCACAGGGACAGAGGGCAUCAGUCAGACCUUAUGCACCAGGAACAACAUCACAUGUGACCUCACUGAAUUUGCCAGCACGCGCUCGCUGGAUGUAUCAGUGGUGCUCGGCUUCCUGAACCUGAUCAUCUGGAGUUUGAACGCCUGGUUUGUCUAUAAGGAGACCUGUUGGCAUUCUCAGAAGGGUCGCUCUCAGCAGGAAGCAGCGCGUGGACGCGGCCCCGGCCCUAUCUAGAGGCGUCUCCCAGGCAGGCACAUGACCCCAUCGACCCCCCAGCUCCAUGGACUCUUUUGUUUCGGAAGUGAAUGAGGACUCAGCGUCAUUAGUCACAGCCUUUUCUGUUUUGUUCAUGUAGUCCACGUUCUGCCCGUGCCACGCUCUCUGUUCUUGCAUACGUACUGUAUAAUCUCAGUACAGAUUUUCUUAGUCUUACUAUGUUUUUUAUUUUACUGGCACUUUUUUUUUAGCCUUAUUAUAGAUAAUUCUGAUUUCUUCAUGUGGAAUAAGUUCUUCCAGUCUACAUGUAUCGCUCCUUACAGAAACACAGCAUUUUCAGCUCAUAAACUUCACCAAAGCUACUGCAUUAUAGAGGGUACUUGGCUGUACUCCACCAGUUAAGCCCAUUAAACCCAGUUUAAGCUCAUUUUCAGUAGGUGAAAGCAGCACUAAUGAUAUCACACUCAUGACUCCCUCAAUCAUCUAUUUGAUUUUAUUUGAAGAAAUCAUGUAGAACAUUUUGCUUUUCCUGACUGCGUAUGUAUCUGUGAAUGGUUACGAAGAUUAUUAUACUGUAUAUUUAAUACAUUUGUGUUGCGAUAUCUUUUAUAUUUAAUGAAUAAAAUUGGGAUUGAAUCUGA